GGGGCAGACACAAACAAAACGCUCGCGCUGUGCCAUUGUGGAGGAGCCAGGACUAGAAUUCCAGGGGCUGUCAGCGCGCCGCUGAAACGUCAGUUCUGCACAUCCCCUAGAAAAGGAACAUCAUGGGAUAUUUGCCGCCGUGCACGUUACGCACCAAGACCUUUGCAAACAUUUUUUUGUCAUCAUCAUUUAUCUGUGCACCGUGGAAGAGGUCUACUUUGCUAGACUCCCACACCUCUGUGCUAAAGAAAGUCGGAGCCUAACGAACACACCCACCUGGCGAGGCGACAGCGGGAAAUUGUUAUUGGCUUUUGAGCUGUCCUGCCCCCUCUUCUCUUCCUCUAGCUCUCCCACUGCUGGUCUGACGUCACCUGCGACUGUUAAGAGGUUACUGGCCACUUUACUUUGACAACCAACCAUAAACUGGGCCUGCUUCUACGGCGAUGGACCAGGACCUACGAGGGUUCUGAUACAAGUAUUCCAGAUCCUAGAGGUCCAUCUAUUUCCAUGUGUGGAACCUGAGGAAAUGGACCGGGCGUGGCAGAAGUUGUAAAUGAGCACAUCAAAGAAGAGCAGUCUGCACGUCAGUGAAUAAUUUUCUGAUGACGGGCCCAAAGGCUUAUCUGAUCUACUCGAGCAGCGUGGCAGCCGGAGCUCAGAGUGGCAUCGAGGAGUGCAAGUAUCAGUUUGCCUGGGACCGCUGGAACUGUCCGGAGAGGGCCUUGCAGCUGUCCACACACAGUGGCCUCAGGAGUGCCAACAGAGAAACAGCUUUUGUCCACGCAAUCAGCUCUGCUGGAGUCAUGUACACCUUGACCAGGAACUGCAGUUUAGGAGACUUCGACAACUGUGGGUGUGAUGACACGAGGAAUGGCCAGCUUGGGGGCCAGGGAUGGCUGUGGGGGGGGUGCAGUGACAACGUUGGCUUUGGGGAGGCUAUCUCAAAGCAGUUUGUCGAUGCCCUGGAAACGGGACAAGACGCCAGGGCUGCCAUGAACCUGCACAACAAUGAAGCCGGGCGCAAGGCGGUGAAAGGGACGAUGAAGAGGACCUGCAAAUGUCAUGGCGUCUCCGGGAGCUGUACCACCCAGACCUGCUGGCUGCAGCUGCCGGAGUUUAGAGAGGUGGGCAACUACCUGAAGGAGAAAUACCACAAGGGCCUGAAAGUGGACCUCCUCAAGGGGGCGGGGAACAGCGCCGCCAGCCGGGGGGCCAUCGCCGAGACCUUCAGCUCCAUCUCCAAGAAGGAGCUGGUCCACCUGGAGGACUCGCCCGACUACUGCCUGGAGAACCGGACGCUGGGCCUGCCGGGCACGGAGGGCCGGGAGUGUCUCCGCAAGGGCAAGGGCCUGAGCAAGUGGGAGAAGCGCAGCUGCAAGCGGCUGUGCGGCCAGUGCGGGCUGGCCGUGGAGGAGCGGGAGGCCGAGACGGUGUCCAGCUGCAACUGCAAGUUCCACUGGUGCUGCGCGGUGCGGUGCGAGCAGUGCCGCAAGACCGUCACCAAGUACUUCUGCGUCAAGAGGGAGAGGAGGGGUCGCAACGAGAGCGCCGGCCGGAGGAAGGGCGCGAGGCCCGGGAAGAAGCACUAGGCCCCGGCCGCUGCGGCGCUCCUACGGCGACGCCCAGGGGGGGGGAACCACGGCGACGACCCGCGGGGGGCUGCAGGGGGGCAGCGCUGCCCGCUGUGCCCCCGGGCCUCUGGCUGAAGGCAGCAGCAGGGCGGCUGUGUGACGGCAGUGUGGGGCAGAGGUGGGGAAGGAGGCUCCCUACUCCCCCGUUUGUGUGGCGUCCGGGACUCAGGGAGGUCACGCAAACGACAGCGGUGUAGAAAUAAAGGCCCCAUGUGUACAUUUUUGUUUUUGCGAAUGUAAUUGCUCUGCGAAACUGAUGGAAGUCAACUAAGUUACAAAAGUGGGUAAAGCCGAUAUUAAAUGCAUUUUUUGCAUGCGUUACACAGAACUGGCUUUGCUUUGCUUAGCGAUCUACGGUCUGUCAGCUUCCUUUCUGUUAGUAGUGAGAAAAGUAGUGAGGAGUAUCGGACUGUCUGAUAAUUAUGCUAAGACGUCUAGGAAGCAGGUACUCUAACAAGGACCUGAAUGCACUGUGUAGAGUAGUAACUAGCAGUAGACAAGCUCAAUUCUGAAAGCCAGCAGGAGGCCAAGAAAGGAAACCUUAGAGUGAACACUAACAUCUGUUGUUUUUUAACUGUUUGUGUUUCCCUUAAAGCGCACAUACAUAUAUAUAUGCAUACAGAAUUCCCAUUAUAACUGCCCAUCUCAAGUAGUUAUCAGAACGCAGCCUCUUUCUUAUUCUGAACAUCACCUUAUCAUUUAGCUUCAUGUUACUUGAUGUAUCUUCCGCCACAAGUUAAAUCUCUUUCACGUGUCUGCUGCUCAGCUAUAAAUUCAGAUGUACAGUAACCUGAAAAUAAUGCAUUUUCUUAACCGUCAGACAUGUUAUGCAAACAUGGAUAUGCUGUAAAGAAUCAAAAAGCUUCCUGGUUUUACACACUUCAACCUUUCAACAAAGAGGAGAGCAGGUCUGCAGAUGCAAGCUAGUGUAUCACUCUGACACCUACAGUAGAAAGGGGUUUAGGAGCAGUUUAACAAGAUUUCACAAUGACAAGUUGCAAACAGUGCACCCUCCUCUUUCCCAUCAGAGUAUUUAAUUGUACAUAAAUUUAAGCACUUUGUACAUUGUUAAUUUAUUGCAGUUAUUCUGAAGUUUGUUUGUUUUAUUUUUGUAUUUUUUUUUGUAGUUGAACUUUUUCAUUUGCUUGUAAGGGACACAUAUAAUGGAAUAUCACCUCUUAAAUGUCUGUUUCUUAGUAGCACGUUGUAUUUCCAGAUGCGUAUACUUUACCUGUAACAAUUAGAGGUCUAUAAGACUAAAAGGUUGCCUGUUCUUCAAUAAACAAUUGU